UUUCGGAGCAACGUUUCGUUCUUCUUUCGAUUCUUUUAAUUAUUCAAACUUCUUCAAUCACAAUACAGUUCUCUUCCCUCCUUUUUUUUCUUCUUUUUCCUUUUCCGAAAAGUAAAGUACAAUUCGACGCUUAAUUAGUAAUUUAUUUGUCGCUUCGAAAAAAAGUAACAAAAAACAGAGAAUAUCUUAUUUAUUUUUGGAAAUAACAAACUUUUUCAAUUUUUCACAAGUUUUCCCCUGCAAGCAGAUAGUGGAGUUAUUAAGAGAAGAAAAGUGAAGGUAUUAAGUGAAAUUCCGUAAAUGAGUCGCAUCAAUGAAUCGAGGAGCAACAGUGUCUACUUCUCACGAAGAUGGAGUACUGGAUGGCGAGCAACGAGACCGGUCACAAUGCCAGAGAAGAGACAAUCCAGGAGGUCCUCAAACACCCCGGAUCGGCUAUCCUUUUCCUCGGUUAUCCACCAUGGCUUUUACACUUUGCCGCCAGCUGUUGCAUACUAUUCAUGCUUGUCGGUAUUCCUGGAAAUCUCUUCACCAUUAUUGCCCUCCUUAGAACUAAAAAGCUAAGGAAUGCAACAGCGAUCUUCAUAAUCAACCUAUCCAUCUCAGAUUUAAUGUUCUGCUGUUUCAAUCUUCCUCUGGCUACAUCAACAUUCUGGCAUAGUUCUUGGAAUCAUGGAGCACUCUUGUGUCAAUUAUUUCCUUUAUUAAGAUACGGCCUGGUAGCGGUCAGCCUCUUCACAAUAUUAUCAAUCACAAUUAAUCGUUACGUUAUGAUAGGUCAUCCGAAACUUUAUCGUACAGUAUAUAAAGGAAAGUAUUUAAUUCCAAUGGUUCUGAGUACAUGGAUAAUCGCGUUUGGUGUACUGAUCGUAACAUGGUUUGGUAGCUGGGGUCGUUUCGGAUUGGACAUAGCAAUCGGUUCCUGUUCCAUUCUUCCAGAUGCGAACGGUCGAAGUCCAAAGGAAUUUCUUUUCGUCGUUGCUUUUCUCAUACCUUGCAUCGCUAUCGUUGUUUGUUACGCAAGAAUCUUUUGUAUCGUUCGGAAAGCAGCAUUUAGAAGUAGGAAACCACAUGUUACCGCCGAUAAUAUCAAUACCGACGUUAUCGAUAUCAGUCAGGAGCGACGAUCUGCGUCGGGUAGAAAGCAAGAAGAAGUUCCGUCAGCAUUCAAAUCAAAUUACACAUCAACUGUUCCCUAUAUCAAUGAUGUUUGCUUGAAACAGCCGACUACGUCAAAUCAAUUGAAUAAUUCUGUAAACGAGGAAGAAUCGAAAGUGCAACAACAUUCGUCGAAUUAUACAGAAAAGAAGGAAAGAGAAUUUUUGAAAAAUGAUGAAAAUGUUUUGGAAAAAAUUGAUGAUAUACCAUACGCGGAUGAACGUUGCGAUGAAAGCGAAGUAAUGGAAAGUGAAAUUUUCGCGAUUAACAAUAAAAUGAAAGAAUCGUUUGGUAAGAGGGGAAAUAAAUUGGAAAGAAUAGCGAGUAGAGCUUCGUUUAUAAUCGAGUCAAGCAUUUGGGUUGAAAGGCUGGAAAGCUCGAGAACAAACUCCCCUGAUCGUUUAACGAAAAAACAAGCUACGAUUAUUCCAAGGGAAUCAACAUUUAAGAGUGUAAGAAGACGGAAAAAGCAUGACGGUCCAGUAAAGAUGAGUAACAAAGAUAGAAAGCUGUUGAAAAUGAUUCUUGUGAUAUUUUCAUCGUUUCUCAUUUGUUAUUUACCGAUCACUAUUACGAAAACCUUUAAAGAUGCUAUCGAUUGGAGAGGAUUAAAUAUAGCUAGCUAUAUAUUAAUUUAUUUAACCACUUGUAUAAAUCCUGUUGUUUACGUGGUAAUGAGCUCCGAGUACAGAAGUGCUUAUAAAAAUGUGUUAUUUUGCAGAAAUGAAGUUAGGAAAGAGGCUCGGAAAUCGUUGGAAUAAAAAAAGACAGCAGCCUUUUCAUUUUAUUUCAGCUACUAUGUAUGUAUGUAUGGUAUGUCCCUACGUAUACCGCAGUUCGCUAGAGUCCAUAACUGCGAAAAGACCAAUUUUGGUUCUUCGCGCAUCUCCAGUACGCAUCUUCGCCCUGAUUGG